AUGGUAAAAAAUGAUAAUUCAGAAGACAUUCGUACAGCGUCCGUCGAAAAGGUUUUGGAACCGCUUGUGACACAAAUAGCCUUGCUCAUUUCACGUACUGAUUCCGCUGAUCGCCCAAAAGGUUUAUCACAAAAUAAAUCCACAAUUCUUGACUUAAUUAAGCAAUCAAUAGCAGAGCUUUUACGCUAUGCUGAAGAUAUUGUUUCUGGGUGUCCUGAUGUUGCGGGUAAUUUUCGGGUAGCUCUUUCUGAAGUCCAAAAUAUUGGUGGACAUUUUCACCAUUCCGUCAGCCUCUUCUUGGAUAAUCCCGUGGAUGAGGAGACUCAUGCAGAACUUCUAAGGGCUUCACGAAGUCUUCUUUCCUCCGUGACUCGAAUCUUGAUUUUAGCUGACCUUGUUGAUGUAAAUCAACUCCAUAGUUGCCUUGAGAAUAUCAAGGGUGACGCUGAAUGCAUCGGGAUCAUGACGAAUGAUGGCGAAUUUUCGCGUUUGUGUGCACUCAUGGAAGGUCAUUUGGGUACGUUGGAGAACUUGCUCAAAUGUCGUAGUCAAGAUUUACUCGAUGCUAGACAACGCAAUGACCUUAAUUGCAGUCACUCAGCUCUCACUCUGGCUUGUGCAAUGAUCGUCACGGCUACGAAGGCCACUUUUCGAUAUCCUGACUUGGCCACCUUGAAGGCGAAUCGUGAGUUUGCGGUCAAAUUGGCUCGGGAGGCUGUGGAUCGGUUGGGAUGUGCUUGUGACGCCACCUACGCACCUCCGGUUCUCCCGCCUCUACAAGGACAAGCCGUUUCUCGACUCAUGCACGAAGUCAUGAAAUCUGCAGAGACAGGGGUUGGGAAGACAGAGUCCUGGAAUAGCAUAUUCUUCCAAAGCAAUGUCCGAAAACUCUCCACAGAAAUCGCAGCUUUGAUAGAGUCCGCUGGUUUGCCUGAUCGCUUUCAAUCAGGUAUCGCGCGAUGCAUUCAUCAACUCAGUGAAGCUGUCGACCAAUUUAUCGAAGCUUGGGACUAUGAGACACCAGACGGACUGCAGGUUUAUGUGGCGACAAUCGAGCAGUCAUGCUCUCAAAUUCGAUCGUUUAUUUCACAAGGUGCACUAAUUCUCUGCUCAACGACCUACAUAGCUAAUGACUCAGUUCUUUCUCAACUUGAAGAGGCAGCCAAAUGUGCAAACGAAGAGAAAUUGGUUGCUGCGGUGACUGAAAUCCAACAACAAACAUCAGAUCUCCUUGAUUCAGCUCUAUGUCUUUGUGGAGUAUGGAGAGAUCCAGGGUUAGUUCGAUCAGCUAGGAUUGCUGUCAACGAUCUGGAACUCCUCGCUCCGCAGUUAAUUAACGCCUCAAAAGCCCUUGCUCUCAGAAAUCAAUCCACAAUUGCCAAAGAAAAUUUCACUCUGUUCGUCCAAGUCUAUAGGAAUCUGAUAAAAUUCCUCUUGGAAAGCAUUGACGAACUGACGGAUGUUGUCGACUUCCUUGAUGCUUAUGAUCGACUUCUUCAGGAGGAUAUUAACGAAUGUCGUGCCAAGGCUGAGGCCUCUCAAAUAAGUGGUAUCAUGGCUGCUUCUCGCAAUCUAACUGCUCGUUGUACACAUGCGGUGAAAUAUAUUCUCACUAAACUUGAGAACUCAGAUAGUGGUGUCGAAGAUGCGGAACAGACUCGGACAGUUCUUGAACAUUUAAAGGAGAACCUUGUUCCACAAUUCUUGGAAGCUACAAGAGCCGUGUGCCGAAGCUUGAAGGCUCGUAAUGAACCCCCAGAUAUAGUAUCUAUUGGCUGCAAGGGUGAGGCCAUAAGAAGUACUUUCAGUGGCCUUAAACACACUCUGGAAGCACUGAGUCAAGGUCGUGGUGUAACGUCAAAUUUCGCUCCUACUUCACUGGAAAUACAUCCACGAACACCAUCUUUACCACCAACACCACCACCUCCACAUUCCCAACAGCAAUCGUUUAAAAUGAAAGAUACGCAUCAGAGUUAUACAUCAGGUUUGUUUUAUGAUUAA